CUGGCAGGCUGCAGCCGCUUCCAAACCCAACUUGAGGCUUGGGGACAACUGACACUCUUGCUCAUCUUCUUUGGGCAGCGCCAUGGGUCUCAGUGAUGGAGAAUGGCAACUGGUGCUGAACGCUUGGGGAAAGGUGGAGGCGGAUAUCCCCGGCCAUGGGCAGGAGGUGCUGAUCAGACUCUUUAAAGGCCACCCAGAGACCCUGGAGAAGUUUGACAAGUUUAAGCACCUCAAGUCUGAGGAUGAGAUGAAGGCAUCCGAAGACCUUAAGAAACAUGGCGCCACGGUGCUCACUGCCCUAGGGAACAUCCUGAAGAAGAAGGGCCAGCAUGAGGCAGAGCUGAAGCCUCUGGCCCAGUCCCAUGCCACCAAGCACAAAAUCUCUGUCCAGUUCCUGGAGGGAAAGUCCAUUAUUCCCUUCUCUGAGAUCCUCUGGGCUCUGGAAAAUGAAGGGGUUGGGCCAGAUGACCUUGCAGUGUGGCUGGUCCCACCGUCUCCACCCCGCAAGAGCGCCGACAGCUAUCGUGGCCGAGUUCCUCUUGAAUCCAACAUCAAGUGGAUCGCAGUUCAGCGCAUCGAAGGCUGCGCAUCUCAGAUGCCGCCAACUGCCUGA